AUGUAUACUAUCGCAAGGUCAUCGCUGAGCUCAGCGGGAAGGCUGACUCCUACUCUACAAACAUUCAGACCAUCUUGCGGCAUACUAGUCAGAUAUGCUAGUGACAAGGUCCAGGGUCAAGUCAUUGGUAUUGACUUGGGAACUACAAACUCUUGUGUCGCAGUCAUGGACGGAAAGACGCCAAGAGUCAUUGAAAACUCGGAAGGAGGUCGUACUACUCCAUCCGUAGUCGCCUUCUCAAAAGACAAUGAACUCAUCGUUGGAACUCCUGCUAAACGACAAGCUGUAGUCAACCCCGAAAACACCCUAUUCGCCACCAAACGUCUCAUUGGUCGUAAAUUCGAUGAUCCAACCGUACAACGAGACAUGAAGACCGUCUCCUACAAGAUUGUAAAGCACUCGAACGGUGACGCUUGGGUGGAAGCUAGCGGCAAAAAAUACUCGCCUGCUCAAGUAGGAGGCUUUGUAUUGAUGAAGAUGAAGGAAACCGCUGAAGGCUUCUUGGGAAAGAGUGUUAAAAACGCAGUAGUCACCGUCCCUGCUUACUUUAACGAUGCUCAACGACAAGCUACCAAAGAUGCUGGUCAAAUCGCCGGUUUAAAUGUAUUACGUGUCAUCAACGAACCUACGGCUGCUGCAUUGGCUUAUGGUCUUGACAAAGUUGGCGACAAAGUUGUUGCUGUAUACGAUUUGGGUGGUGGUACCUUUGAUAUCUCCAUCUUGGAAAUCCAAAAGGGUGUCUUUGAAGUCAAGUCUACCAACGGUGAUACUCACCUUGGUGGUGAGGACUUUGAUAACUACUUGGUGUCUCACAUUGUAAAAGACUUCCAAAAAGAAUCAGGUCUCGAUCUAGGCAAAGACCGUAUGGCUCUCCAACGAAUCCGUGAAGCUGCAGAAAAGGCUAAAAUCGAACUAUCAUCCACUCUCCAAACCGAAAUAAACUUGCCAUACAUCACUGCCGACGCAUCAGGUCCCAAACACAUCAACAUGAAACUCACCCGUACCCAAUUCGAAAACCUCACCAAGGAUCUCAUUGACAGAACUGUAGAACCAUGUAAAAAAGCCAUCAAGGAUGCCGGUGUAUCUACCAACGAGAUUAACGAAAUUAUUCUCGUCGGUGGUAUGAGUCGUGUCCCCAAAGUCCAAGAGACUGUUAAAGGUCUCUUUGGCCGUGAACCAACUAAAUCCGUAAACCCAGAUGAAGCCGUCGCUAUUGGUGCUGCUAUACAGGGUGGUGUCUUGUCUGGUGAAGUCACUUCCAUCUUGCUACUGGAUGUCACUCCUCUAUCAUUGGGUAUCGAAACUCUGGGCGGUGUAUUCACUAGAUUGAUUACCCGAAACACUACAAUCCCAACCAAAAAAUCUCAAGUAUUCUCAACUGCUGCUGAUGGUCAAAUGAAGGUCGAAAUAAAAGUAUACCAAGGAGAACGUGAAUUAUGUAGAGACAAUAAAUUACUAGGUCAAUUCGACUUGAUUGGUAUCCCACCGGCUCCUCGUGGUGUACCUCAGAUCGAAGUCACCUUUGAUAUCGAUGCUGAUGGUAUCGUCAACGUAUCUGCAAAGGACAAGGCCACAAACAAGGAUCAAUCUAUAACUAUUGCUGCAUCAUCAGGCCUAUCGGACAAUGAAAUCGAAAACAUGAUCCGACAAGCCGAAAAGCAUGCCGAAAGUGACAAGAAACGUAAAGAUGUCAUUGAAGCCUCAAACCACGCUGAACAAAUCAUCCACGACACUGAAAAGGCCAUGGGUGACUUUAAAGAUCAGCUAGAUAAAGAAGAAGAAUCAAAGAUCCGUGAAAAGAUUAAAGAGCUACGAGAAUUAUUGGCUCAAGGUCCUGAAAACUUGGAUGCUGAUGGUAUCAAGACCAAAUACGGAGAACUUCAACAAGGAAGUUUGAAAUUGUUUGAAAUGGUUUAUAAAAAGAAGAGUGCAGAGUCUUCAUCGUCGGGUGGAUCUGAGGGAAAGACUGUUGAUGCAGAUGAGGAUGCCGACAAGAAGAAGUCGUCCUAA